CCCUCCCCUUCAAAAUCAGAGCCGUCAGUUGAGAGCGUAAGCUUCGUCUUCCUCUUCUCUCAUAAUAAAAUAAAAAAUCAUUUAAUUAUUUAAAUAAUUUGAGUUGAAGGUUGACUGUGACUGAUGAUGGACACUCAGCUUCUCUGCUUUAACCGCACCACCGUUUUUCUUAAACCUUUGCAGAAAUCUCGUCUUCCAUUCUUCGUUGCGCGUAGAAACUCACUAUUCUCUCCCUCAGGGUUAAAUUGUACUAGAACAAGGUGUUCGAUGAAGUCUUAUAGAUUGUCAGAGCUUACUAAUGCCGAGGUGGAAAACUUGAAGACUCGACCUCGUAUUGAUUUCUUGUCUAUUUUCAGCACGGGCCAACCGAUUGUUUCUGAUGUUCGGAAUAGAGGAGACGCUUCAGUGAAAAAUUACACUGAGAGGUUUGAUAAAGUGAAACUUGACAAAAUUGUUGAAAAUGUCUCUGAGCUUCCUGACCCAAAGCUUGACCCUGCUAUUCAAGAAGCAUUUGAUGUGGCAUACGACAACAUAUAUGCUUUUCAUCUUGCUCAGAAAUCAGCUGAGCAAAGUGUGGAGAAUAUGAAAGGUGUUAAAUGCAAAAGGGUGGCGAGGAGCAUUGGUUCUGUUGGUCUUUAUGUGCCAGGAGGAACUGCUGUUUUACCAUCAACUGCUUUGAUGCUUUCAGUACCUGCUCAAAUUACUGGGUGUAAAACUAUUGUUCUGGCGACUCCACCAAGUCAGGAUGGCAGCAUAUGUAAGGAGGUACUGUAUUGUGCCAAGAAAGCUGGUGUGACUCACAUCCUUAAAGCUGGAGGAGCACAGGCCAUAUCUGCUAUGGCUUGGGGGACAGAAUCUUGCCCAAAGUUCAAAUACAGAUUUAAAAAAAUAAUUAUUGAAAAUUGUGUUACUUUUGACACAAAAAAUGUUCCUCUUCAUCAAUUUGCCGGUUGAGAAGAUUUUUGGGCCUGGAAAUCAGUAUGUCACAGCAGCAAAAAUGAUUUUCCAAGAAAAGAGAGGGUAUAAAAGGGAGAAAUUGUAACAGUUGGAGAAAGGGAUCAGAAGGCUAUUACUCAAAUGCAAAAUUGGGGGGCUGCUAUCCUAAUGCAAAACCAGCCACUAAAAAUAUGAAAUGUGGCAAAACAGGGGAAGGAGAGAAAGAAGUAGCUGUGGAAAGAGUUGAGAAAGGGAGGCAGGUGAAACAACUAAGGAAAAGUGGGGAGAGAGUGGUUCUCUCGGAUGCUGAGCAUGCACUGUGGGGAUUCAACUGAGUUUUUGGUGUAACUUUCUGGAGAUUAAAUGGUUGCCAGAAUUGUAAUUGAUUAGCAGUAGCAGUAAAUGGAAAUAGUCAUUGUAUUGGAGAAUUAAUUUGUAAACUUCAUGGGAAAAUAUUCAAUACAAUACAUAUUUUCAUUAUCUUCUAUGUUUGUAUUACUUUUCCUGUUCCAUUGCAUGUUGUGUUGUAACUGAGAAUGGUAUACAGGGGAGAUUGUAAGAGCUGAUGAAGUAGCCCAGUGAAGGCUUUGUUGUCGGCAGACCAUCCAGAACAGUGAAGCAAUGAUUUCAAUUGACAUGCCUGCUGGUCCUUCAGAAGUUUUAGUCAUUGCAGACAAAUAUGCUAGUCCUGUUCAUAUAGCUGCAGAUAUGCUCUCUCAGGCUGAGCAUGGACCAGACAGUCAAGUUGUUCUUGUAAUUGCUGGGGAUUGAGUUGAUCUAAAAGCUAUCGAAGAGGAAAUCAGAAAGCAGUGUCAAGACCUUCCAAGAGGAGAGUUUGCUUCAAAAGCUCUUAGCCACAGUUACACAGUGUUUGCUCGUGAUAUGAUGGAGUGUCUUUUUCAAAUAUAUGUAUUCACCUGAGCAUCUGAUAGUUAAUGUUAAAGAUACUGAACAGUGGGAAUGCUUCAUUGAGAAUGCAGGGCCAUGGACACCUGAAAGUGUGGGAGAUUAUGCAAGCGGGACAAACCAUGUAUUUCCAACAUACGGAUAUGCACGAAUGUAUGGUGGGGUGUCUCUUGAUUCCUUCCUUAAGUACAUGACAGUACAAUCCUUGACAGAGGAAGGUCUGAAAAAGCUUGGUCCAUAUGUUGCAACCAUGGCGGAAGUAGAAGGCUUGGAAGCCCACAAGAGAGCGGUAACUCUUAGAUUACAAGACAUUGAAGCCAGGCAAGUUGCGAAUAUAAGUUAGUCUCCUUUUGUUUGUGUCUGUUUUCUGAUUGUUUGCAAAACAGUCUCUCAUAUUUUCUCACUUGUAUGAGAAAUUAGUGUUGGAAUUUUGUUUGUUGUAAAAUGAUAUAGAUCUCAAAAUAUCAAUGCCUGAUCAAUAAAAUCUUUCAGAGUCGAGUUUAGUUAGCCUA